AAAAGGGAUGUCAAGGAGAGGUAUCCGUGUGUUGUCCUUUCCUCCUCUGUUUCCCCAUCAUCUCUUACCUUUUGAGUUCUUCAUCCUUUUUUCAAUAAAACCUCACGACAAAAACACAGCACACAAAUUAUUCAUUCUCCAUUCCCAUUUCAUUCAAUGACGAUCUCUUCCUUCAAUCCCAAACUCCAUCUCCAUUUCAAAUCCUUCUUCUCUCCCCUCCUCCUCUUCGCCGCCGGCCUCGCUGCCGGCUUCACUCUUACUCUCUUCCUCUUCCCUUUCCCUUUCUUCCAAUUCUCCUCCCCUCUCUCCCUCCCUUUCACCUUCACCCAAUUCCAACUCCCCUCUCCCUCCCCUCCCCCCUCCUCUCCACCACCGCCCCCCUCGCGGGUUGGGUUGAAGGAGUUUUUAAACCCUCCUCCCGCACUCCACGACAUGACGGAGGAAGAGCUUUUAUGGAGGGCCUCACUCGUUCCCCGCCGGAUUCCGAAAUUACCUUCGACGGAGACGUCACGGCGGAAGAUCGCGUUCUUGUUUCUGACGAAAGACGGAGUCAGUUUGGCUCCGCUUUGGGAACUGUUCUUUAAAGGGUACGCUGGACUUUACUCUAUUUACGUUCAUCGGAGUCCUUCCUCCAACUCCACCGUCGAUUCCUCUUCUGUUUUCUACGGCCGCUCAAUCCCCAGUAAGGGAGUGAAGUGGGGAGAACCAAGCAUGAUGGAGGCAGAGAGGAGGCUACUAGCAAAUGCAUUAUUAGAUUUCUCCAACCAAAGAUUCAUCCUUCUCUCCGAAUCAUGCAUUCCUCUAUUCAAUUUCUCCACCAUUUACAAUUACUUAAUGGACUCAAAGUCCACAUUCAUCGAGGCCUAUGACCUUCCAGGCCCAGUGGGCCGAGGCCGCUACAGCCCAAAAAUGCGCCCCAUAAUCAAUCUCCAUCAAUGGCGUAAGGGUUCCCAAUGGUUCGAAAUGGACCGAACCAUCGCCUCCCAAGUCGUCUCCGAUCAAAAGUAUUUCCCCGUCUUCCAAAAAUUCUGCAAACCUUCUUGUUACAUGGACGAGCACUACCUUCCAACCUUUGUCGGAAUCCGAUUCUCUAAGUCCAACUCCAACCGGACCUUGACUUGGGUCGACUGGUCCAGAGGCGGCGCGCAUCCGACCCGGUUCAUCAGAACCGAUGUCACCGUUGAAUUGCUUCAGAGGCUGAGGAGUGGUAGCCAUUGCGAGUAUAAUGGAGUUAAAACUAAUCUCUGUCAUUUGUUUGCUAGGAAAUUCAUGGCUAAUUCUUUGAAUAGAUUACUUAUGUUUGCUCCUAAGCUCAUGCAUUUUAAUCGUUAGAUGUGCAUAAACUCAUUCCCCUUUUGAAUUUUGAGCUUGUAUGAUUCUUUUAUAUGUGAUUUCAUAAGAUGGGGUUCAGUAAAAAACUGCCCUUUAUUA